UCCCCUCCUCCCUUCCCACUCUCUCCUUCUCAGAGUGGCGGCAGCAUAACUGCCUGCGUCAGCCAGCCCUGCCAGCCCCUGCCAGCUAGUGAACGCUGCUACUGGAGCUGCUGUACCCUGCAGAGAGCCGUGUGUGUGUGUACGUGUAUGUGUGUGUAAGUGUAUGAGUGUACGCAGAUGGGAAAGCAACUGAGUCAGGGAGGGCUGCCUCUCAUCUCUCCACUUGUUAUCACCAUCCUUCACUCUCCCUCCUCUCCUCCUCCGCUGCCAUGGAGCUCCAGCAGGCUGAAUCACAACAGCGUCUGCAGAAAGGGCUGAGCAGGUAGUUGUUUGUGUGCGGUGCUCCAUUGGGCCAGUAUGAAGUGUGUGUGUCUGAGAAGGUGGGCGUCGGGCUCUGCUGUCGUGUUCCUUCACACACUGGCCUUAUCCUGGUCAGGUGCAAUUGAGCCCGCCCCCAAAAUUGAUGGAAGGCCCCGGAAGGCUGUGACGCUGCAGGAGAACAAGACACACUGGUUCAACUGCCAAUCAGACGGCUGGGAUCCCCGUGCCCCUCCCUUGCUAACGUGGUACCUGAACGGGGAGCGGCAGAGAGAGCCUCCACCCAGCCGGGGGCGCCUGGUGAUGCCGUCGCAUGAAGAUUCUGAGGUCAUGAGACCAAGAACCCAUCGCAACAGCACCUUCUCUUUGCGGGCCAGGAAGUGGGACAGGGAGCUAGUGUGUGUCGUGUCAAACCCCAGGACAGGGGAGAGCUACAACGCCACGGUCUCACUCAAUGUCCAGUUUCAGCCAGAGAUCCUCAGGCUGAACGCACAAUACACUGAAACCUCAGACCCCGGUCUCUCCCUGGUCCUCUUCGCCUUGGUGCGCUCCAACCCGCCUGCCACCAUCACCUUCGUGGACCCGUCUGGCCAGCUGGUGGCCAACACCUCUGACUUCCUCAUCCUGGAUUCGCGAAGCUACCCCUGGCUGACCAAUCACACGCUGAAGGUCACGCUCAGUAACCUAUCAGGGAAUAUCUCGCUGAAUGUCAGCAACAGUGUGGGGACGGUGCAGAGCAACCUCACGCUGGCAGAAUUCCUGCAGUCCCGCGUGGAGGUGCCCAUGCUGGGAAUAGUGACCGGGGGAGCCAUGGCCUUUAUGGCCCUCCUCAUCCUCAGUCUGAUUGUUCUCUGCCUCAUGCAAAAAAACAAGACCAAGUCAUUUGAUGAGCCAGUGGAGAUUCUGAUGACCAAGAAAAGCGACUCAGCCAAUCUGAAGAUAGAGAAAGCUGAUAAGACGUACAUCCCCAGAGAGAACAUGUCUCUGCCUUCCAACAUGCAGCUCAACGACCUCAACACUCUGAGAAAAGCAGGAGAGGUGACGUGUAUUUCCCAAAACAUUAUCCAAACAUCUCUUUUGCAUUCUGCUGUGUCCUCCAUCCCUCUUGCAUCACUUCUCGUAGCUCGAGAGGCUGCCCAGCAGAACAGUGUGGGAGAGAAGAAGAAAGAGGAAGAGGAGGAGGAAGAUCUGUCUUUAGCCUACGCCGCCAGAGGUUUUGCCAGAUAUCCGAUGGUCGGCUACAUCUAUAAGGUGAACAGCACAAGCAGCGAGGAGAUCUGGCUCUGACUGACCUCAAAGUUAUACACAAACACACUGUACAUGCAUGCAUGACUACGUCCAACAGUGCAGCUGUCCAAGAGGAAACCCAGAGCAACUGCCAGUCAGUCAUUCAACCAAUCAUCAGUCACCUUCAAGCUGGACCAGUAUGACCAGAUCCCAGUAACUGUCCUGUGUCUAUCUGGGACGCAUACAAUAUCAACACUGUUUCUCAAGUUUCUCCAGAAACUUGAAUCUCUCUUCACAAAACUGUCGAUGUUUGUCUCUCUGAGUCAAGUGCUCCGGUCUAUGCACCCCUGAUGUGUUGUCUCAAUGAUGCAAAAUACAAACUCAACAUAAACGCUUAUAUUCUGUGUGUUUUUACAUGAAAGCCUCCUGUAACCACUUGCUCAUGAUGUCCUCCACCCCUGUUGCAUUACUGGAAUGCAUUAACUGUUCUAUGCUAACACCAGAAUGUCUAAGAUUACGUACUGUACGUGAGAUUUUAACCUUUUGACCAGUAAUAUCCAAAUAAGAUGGUGCAUAAUUAUGGAGUGCAUAUUUGUAUAUGGACAUGUAACAUGUCAUGUAUGUAUAUUUGUAUGCAUAUGUAUAUGUGUAUAAAAGAGGACAUCUAAUAAAGAUGAUAUUGGAGUUGUAUGAGGUGAA